AUGGCCUUCACGGAGCUUCUGGACACCCUGGGUGGGGUGGGCCGUUUCCAGGUGCUCUACACGGCCCUGCUCUUGUUUCCCUGCUCCCUUUUGGCGUGCCACAAUUUUCUUCAAAACUUCACAGCUGCUGUCCCUCAGCACCACUGCCAGGACCGUGCCAACAGGGCGGGGAGCACCAACUUCACAGCGGAGACGUGGCGGCGGGUGUCCAUCCCGAUGGACCAGUACCGGAGGCCAGAGCCUUGCCUGCGCUUCGCCCAGCCUCAGUGGGCGCUCCUGAACCCCAAUGCUACCGUCAGUGGGGCGGCCACCGAGGCCUGCGAGGAUGGAUGGAUCUAUGACCGGAGCACCUUCCCUUCCACCAUCGUGACCGAGUGGGAUCUGGUGUGCGAUUCCAAGUCCAUGAGGGACCUGGCUCAGACGGUCUACAUGGCAGGGGUGUUGGUGGGCGCCGCUGUGUUUGGCAGCGUGGCAGACAGGUGGGGCCGCAGGGCCCCCCUCAUCUGGUCGUACCUGCAGCUCGGGGUGUCCGGGGCCUGCACGGCCUACUUCGGGUCCUUUGUGGUCUACUGCGUUUCCCGGUUCCUGACGGGCAUGACCUUCUCCGGCAUCAUCCUCAACUCGCUCUCCCUGGUGGUGGAGUGGAUGCCCACCCAAGGACGGACAGUGGCUGGAGCCCUCUUGGGUUAUGCCUUUACCCUGGGACAGAUCUUGCUGGCAGGCGUGGCUUACCUGGUUCGGCCUUGGCGAUGGUUGCAGUUUGCUGUUUCUGCUCCAUUCUUUGUCAUCUUCCUGUACUCUUGGUGGCUGCCUGAGUCUUCCCGAUGGCUCCUCCUCCAUGGAAAAUCCCAUCUGGCCAUCCAGAACCUCCACAAAGUAGCUACUCUAAAUGGGAAAAAAGAGGAAGGGCAACGCCUUACUGAGGAGGUGGUAAAUGCCUACAUGCAGAAUGAGUCUUCAGCAGGGCGACCCUCUAGUUCUGUCCUGGACCUCUUUCGAACCCCAGCCAUCCGCAAGGUCACUUGCUGCCUCAUGCUUGUCUGGUUCUCCAAUUCCAUUGCUUACUACGGCGUGUCCAUGGACCUGCAGAAGUUUGGGCUCAGCAUCUACCUGGUCCAGGUGAUGUUCGGGGUCAGUGACAUCCCCGCCAUGCUGGUCUCCACCACCACCAUGAUUUACGUGGGGCGCCGGGCCACCGUGGCCUCCUUCCUGAUCGUGGCGGGGGUCAUGGUGAUCGCCAACGUGUUCGUCCCGGAAGACAUGCAAACUCUGCGGACAGUCCAAGCAGCCCUGGGAAAGGGCUGCCUGGCCAGCUCCUUCAUUUCCGUCUACCUCUUUGCAGGGGAACUGUACCCCACAGAGGUCAGGUAG